AUGUCUCGAUUUCAGCCACCAUGUCAGUUUGACUUCGCCGAUCCCUCUGCCUGGGAUGACUGGCUCGAUCGUUUUCGGCAGUACAGGAAAGUUACUAAACUGCACAAGGACGAUGAGGAUGUCCAGGUAGCCACGCUCCUUUACAGCAUGGGACCACAGGCGACAGUAGUCCACAAACAACUGAAGUUUGAUGACGCCGGCGAUGCGGAGAAGUUUGACGAGGUGGUCAAGAAAAUGUCCGAGUAUUUCAAACCAGUGUCGAAUGUGGUACAUGAAAGAACUAUGUUCGAGCGGGCGAUCCAGUCGCCAUCGGAAUCCGUUGACGAAUACCUUCGUCGUCUGCAUCGUAUCGCAGAUAAAUGCGACUUCUCGGGAGCCCGGGACGAGCGAAUCCGUGAUCGCUUCAUGGCUAACCUCAUCGAUCGUAAGUUGACACUCGAGCUGCAACUUCUCGAUAAGCCGGACCUGGCCAAGGCAGCCACAUACGCUCGAAACUACGAGCAGGUUCAUCGCCAAGUAGCUGCGCAGCGCCAUCAGUUGGAAGUGUCUGCGCCACCUCAGGCAGCCGGAAUCAGCACAGCCAAGGCCAACAGCGGCGGCCGGGCACAGCAGUUUAGUUCGACUCGUAGGUCUACGCCGUUUGGUACGGAUGAUGCGUCCUGCAGGUGGUGUGGCAGGCCAGCGACCCACUCACGCCGUGAGUGCCCUGCACGGUCCGAGAAGUGCUCCUCUUGUGGGAAAACAGGCCACUUCAGCAGGGUAUGCUUGAGUAAGCCUAGUAGGCUAGCCAGUGAACCAGGAGCAGGCCAGAAGUUGGUGCAUGCAGUGCAGCCUACACCAACUGCAGACAUCAGCACAGGCGCAUAUCUGUUUAUGGGAGGCGUUUCAACUGACCAGCUGCCUGACGAGCCUUGGAUGCGCUUCAUUCCGAUAGGGAACACGGAAGUACUCUUCAAAGUGGACACUGGCGCGGACACGUCUGUUAUGAACGCGGACACGUUUAGCACGCUAGUCCCGUCCCCCACGCUCCAGACGCCAGCAGCUGCACUCCUGGGACCCGAUGGCACACCACUGACACUUGCGGGAAAGUUUACAGUCCUAAGUAGAGACACCAACGGACAACUCUUCCCGCAUGAUGUCCAUGUCCUCUCCGCCUCGGGUGCGAACCUGUUGAGCCGACAAGCUUCUUUCCGUAUGGGUUUUGUGCAGCCAGGAGUUCACAACGUCUCCGCUCCACCUGCACCUCCACUUGGCUGUAUGACCGGACCACCUGUAUCGAUACGUCUUCUGCCCGAUGCUCGCCCGUACCACUGCCCAGUGGCCAGGCGUGUACCAUUCCCGCUGCUCCAAAAGGUGAAGAAGGAGCUGACGAACAUGGUGGAUUCCGGGAUCAUCACACCGGUCACAGAACCGACGGAGUGGUGUGCACCAAUGGUGGCGGUUCGGAAGAAAAACGGUGACGUCCGCAUUUGCGUAGACCUGAAGAGGCUAAACACAGGCGUGAAGCGUGAGACAUUUGUCCUCCCGACCGUUGAGGAAACGAUGGCUAAGCUAUCGGGAGCGACAGUGUUCUCCACCCUGGAUACGAAGAAGGGGUUCUGGCAGGUUCCGCUUGCCGACGAAUCUCAACACCUCACCACAUUCAUCACCCCGUUUGGCAGAUACAAGUUCCGCCGCUUGCCCUUUGGGAUUUCAUCAGCACCGGAGAUCUUCCAGCGCAAACUGAUGGGCAUCCUGGAUGGUAUCCCAGGAGUGGUGGUAUUCAUGGACGACAUCUUGAUCUUUGGAUCCAGCCAGGAGGCUCACGACACAGCUCUGACUGCCGUCUAUCAAGCUCUCGCCCAGGCCAAUGUCACUCUAAACCCUGACAAGAGCCAAGUUGGUCGAGCAUCCCUCAAGUUCCUCGGGCACAGCAUUAGCCACAACGGUGUGCGCCCCGACCCGGACCGCAUUUCGGCUCUGUUGGACCUCGCCGCGCCAACUGAUGUGCCAAGUCUGCGACGGGUUCUCGGACUAUUCAACUACAUCGGCAAGUUUCUGCCGGGCCUUGCAUCUGUCUCGACGCCACUUCGGGCUCUGCUGCGCCACAAUACUGUGUGGUGCUGGGACGCAGCCCAACGGGAUGCGUUUGCCAAGAUGAAGGAGCUCGCAGCUGCCGCCAGUGACCUGGCAUUCUUUGACCCGUCUCAGCCUGUAGUCAUCAGCGCCGAUGCAAGCAGCUAUGGUCUUGGUGCAGCACUCUGGCAACGUGACGGAGACGACCUCCGCCCCAUCGCGUUUGCCUCCAAAUCUCUCAACGAGACGCAGCAACGCUAUGCUCAAAUUGAGAAGGAGCUCCUCGCCGUCACUUGGGCCUGCGACCAUUUCCAACAGUACAUCCGGGGCGGCCUUCCAUUUGAAGUCCACACAGAUCACAAACCGUUGAUCCCUCUCAUCAACUCGCGAGACCUGGACAAUGUCCCACUCCGCUGUCAACGGAUGCUGAUGCGCCUCCUCCAGUUCAGCGUCACCGCGACCUAUGUACCGGGUCCACGUCUCGUCGUGGCCGACGCCCUGUCUCGCUCCCCAUCCGGUGCAGCAGACCCUCAAGGCAGUAUGCAAGACUUGCUGGAUGACAUCGAUAUCCAGGUAGCGUCCGUGUCUGCUGAGUAUGCCUCUCCCACGUUUCAGGACCGCAUCAGAGCAGCGGUAGCAGAAGACCCCGUCGUGUCCGACGUCGCACAGCGGACCCUCAGCGGCUGGCCAGAGCGGGCCCGCGACGUUCCGCCUGCACUGCUGCCAUUCUAUCCAGCCCGGUCUUGCCUAUCGGUGGCCAAUGGCAUUGUGUAUUUCAACACCCGUAUCGUCAUCCCCCGUGACAUGCAGCCUGAGGUGCUCCGUACCAUCCAUGACGGUCAUCAGGGGGUGACCAAGUGCCGCGCCCGAGCUCGAACGGCAGUGUGGUGGCCUGGCCUCGACGCCCAGAUUGCAGACGUUGUCCAGACCUGCGAAGCCUGCAGCAAGGAGCGGCUCGUGCCUGCUGCACCGCUCCUACCACAGGCUCUCCCAGCACGACCCUGGCAGCGACUCGCAGUCGACCUGUUUCAUUUCGAGGGUCACGAUUAUCUCCUAACGGUGGACUACUUCUCCCGAUUCAUUGAAGUGGAUCAGCUCAAGUCUACCACAUCCCAUGCAGUAAUAGCCGCCCUAUCCCUGCACUUCGCUCGCUAUGGCACCCCAGAAGGACUAGUGUCCGACAACGGUCCCCAAUUCUCUAGUGACGAGUUCGCUCUCUUCCUGGCUCGCCACUCAAUUCAGCACCGAACCUCCUCUCCACGGUACCCCCAGAGCAAUGGCAUGGCAGAGAGAGCCGUUCGUACCAUCAAAGAGAUGCUGCGGAAAGACCCGGAUCUCCCUAGUACACUGCUGGCGUACCGCUCCACGCCCCUCCAGAGUGGCCCUAGUCCCGCACAGCUCCUGAUGGGUCGCAGGAUCCAGUCUAGCCUGCCACUACCUGAAUCAGCUCUGGCCCCUGAGUGGCCCGACCUCAUCGAGUUCCGACGACGGGAGGUGGCCCGGAAAUCCGCCCAGGCAGACACGUUUGAUGACCAUCAUGCCGCUCGGGCCCCAUCCUCACUCGGACCUGGCGAUCGGGUGUGGUUGGUAGACCUCGCCCGCGAAGGCACCGUGAAGGAACGCUUGAGUGAGCGCUCCUUCCUCGUCACAUCAGCCGGCUCCGUCCUGCGUCGCAACGUCCGCAACUUACGCCCUCUGCCGCAACGGAUCCCAGACGAUGGCCCCAUCCUGCCGAUUCCCGCGCCAUCCGACGCGGCUACCCCAGUUGAGCGCCACCCUGCUGUGGCGACACCAGGUGCACCCGACGCAGCUGCCACCGCCGACGUUGACACCACUCGCUCAGGCCGUGCCGUGCGACCACCUGACCGCCUGGACUUGUGA